UUGACGCGUCCAUACUUUGUCACAUUCUAAUCUGAUGAGAUAGGAGGGGGGGGAAAAAAGCAUCGUAUGCUUAUGAAACUCAUUUUUAAAAAAAUCUAUUGUAUGCAAUCACUCGUUCUAGUUCUGUAAAUUCAGAGGAACAAACCAAAGAUACCGAAAAUAGAUCGUCAUUAUUAGUGUCGGAAAAGUAGUCCUACCAUCGGCUUAUCCUUUGGUAGCCUGCGGACUUUAUAUUAAAAUUGAACAUAUUAACCAUUCUAAAACUGAGAUGAGACUGGUAGUGUAUGCAAUGGUGGUUUUCCUAACUCGGUGUGUCCAAAACUCUGUUCUCCGGUCCCAGGACGCCAAGCCAUCCGUCUCCUGCACCAGCAGCCAUAUGCACGCUCGGUUUGGCCCAGCUGUACAAAACAAUCUGCAGGUCAAGGACCAAGGAUCCAGGAUACCAGUACCCGAGACUAAGGAAAAAUGCGGGGUGAAAUCAGUGCAAGAGGAAGACGGACGACUGUCCUUCUACAGUCGGUAUGAAAGCUGCUACUCUGAUAUUAAGGGUGACUCAGUAGUAGUGGCUCUGGAGGUACAGGUGGGGAUAGAAGGUCCAUGGUACCAGGUGAACAUCAGUUGCCCUCUCAGUCAAUACGAAGGUCCUGACCCUAAAUUAACUCCAGGAACUUGCAGAAUGCAGAAGUCUUUGAGGGUGUCCUGUGGACCCCAGGGCGUCUCUCGGGAUGCCUGUCUGAAACUUGGAUGCUGCUUCUGCCGUUCUAGACCCGUGUGUUAUUACAGAAUUGAUGCCUGCUCCUUGGAUGGAAACUUUGUGUUCUCAGUGAAUGCUUCAGACUUUCUACUUCCGGUUUCCCUUGGCAGUCUCAGGGUCAAAGGGCAACCCCAGUGUACCCCGGCAACUGCCAGCACAGACAUGGCAGUCUUCAAAUUUGGGGUGACGGAGUGUGGCGCGAAGAGAGUGAUAUUCAGCAAGGUGGUGAGCUAUGAAGUGGAGGUAGAGGCACUGCCACGGGUGCAGACUGUAGCCAGAGUUUCACCUUACAGACUGCGGGUGCAGUGUCUGUAUGCUGGGUCAGUCAGGCUGCGGACCAGCAUGCUGUCCAAGGACCCCACUAAGCCCCCUGUCGUCUCUGCAGUGGCAAUCCCCAAACUGAGGAUGAGAAUAGCGAGAGAUGAGUCCUUCUCCCUUUUCGUGCCUGAGGACGAGCUGCCCCUGGAGCUGCCCCUGCGGAGCCCUGUGCACGUGGAAGUGUCUUUCGCCGAGCCCUCCCUGAAUUCGGGUCUCGCUCUGCGCCUGCGUGACUGCUUCGCCUUCCCCGUGUCCCGACACUCGCUAUGGACUCUGCUGCACGAUGGCUGCCCCAACCCUCUGGACAGGGAGAGGAGCGCCGUGCUGCUCGGUAGCUUGGGGCAGUCACUGCCUCAGGUCAGGAGGUUUGACGUGAAGACAUUCACCUUCAUCGACCCCAAGACUGGAGAAAUAAGUAUGGAAGAGUUGUAUUUCUUCUGCUGGGUGGAGAUCUGUACAGGGCAAGAGGAUUGUGAACAGCAGUGCCCCUUCCUGUCUUAUGGCAGUGGUAGGAUGAGGAGGGAGUCCAAAUCCGAUCAAGUCUCACAACUCGUGUUCUUCGGCCCGGUUCUGUUGGGCCAGAACGGGAGCAGAUGGGAGGGGAUUCAUGGGGCCGCGACUGCAGUUCCUGGGGCUACAGUGUAUCAGAUGUUGUCAGUAUAUGCCCUGUCUGUGGUCUGUGGCGCUGCUCUUCUCUUCCUGUUCUCUUCUGUGUGGACGAACGUCGGGAAAAGGCGCCAAAGUCGCCACCCAAACGGGGUGCAGGGCGUCGCCAUGGAGAUGGAAGUGGCAGGCUCUGUGGCUGGCUGAAGAUGGGACACAGUUUGCAUAAAAAAAAAAAUAGGAAUAAAGGUUAUCGGAACACUGAA